AUGGAUAGAAAUAGCUUGGCUUUUGACUCUGGUGCUAUAAUGGAUCAACUGGCUGACUGUGAUUUUUGCGAAGACUUCGACGACGAUAAUGAUUGGCAUCCACCUGGUGAGUUACCCAGUUCUAGCUCGGAUGACGAAGACGUGCAAGGAGCAAGAGAUUCAACAGUAGCAAGUCCAUCAUUGUCGAAUAAAUGGACUCGCAGACGAUUCUUCGGGAAACCCAUGCCUACACUGAUCUCGGAGUCGACGGAAGAGGUACUUACUCCAAGUGAAUACUUUAAGAUAUUUACUGAAGAAAUUUACAGCUAUUAUAUUAACUGGUUCAACUGCCAUUGGAGCCCAGCCAUUGCAUAA